AUGCCUCGCUCUGAUAGACAGGCGGAGGGUUAUCGGAUUUUUAUCGGUGGAGUCGAUCCGAGGGUCGGUAAAGUCGAGUUAGAGCGUGAAUUUGACCGCUUCGGUACAAUUGUGGAUGUGUGGGUAGCUCGUAAUCCUCCGGGCUUCGCUUUCAUCGUCUACAAACACUUGGAAGAUGCUGAGAAGGCCAUCAGGCGAAUGGAUAGGAGUAGUCCCUUCGGUUCGCGGCUCCGGGUUGAACACGCCGCUAAUUCUCUAAAGUACAAGUUAGAGGGUCGUCGCAGGUCCCGCAGUCGGAGCAGGAGGCGCAGGAGUCCGUCAUCCAGACGCCGGAGAAGUCCUCCACGCCGUCGUUCAAUAAGCCGACGUCGAGAUAGGAGCGACAGUCGCAGGUAUGGACGAUCGAGUUCGCGGGUUAGACGGAGGUCCUGGCGCCGCCGGUCCAAUUCACGGUCAGCGUCCCGACGGUCACGAAGCGGUCGUCGUUCACGUGAAGAUUCUCGUUCCGUCAAGCGUUCUCGAGAUCGUUCAGGUUACUCGCCUCGUCGUCGCUCGGUUUCUCGUGACCGUUCUGGGUCAAACUACGUUUCGAGAGACCGGUCUGCCUCACGGGAGGCUUCUGACCGAAAGCGCGUUCGUGUUUCUGGUUCCCGCAGUCGGUCUAUGUCUCGUCGAUCUCCCUCAAGGGGGUCUCCUGAUAGGCGGUCUAGAUCGGUUUCUCGCAACAGCUCUCGGGACCGAUCUGGAAGUCCAGUGAAUCGCGGUGAGAACGGAAAUGAUUCAAGGCACAGUGGAAGUAGGCAUUCCUCUCGUUCUCAGUCCAGGUCGCGGUCCCCCAGCCGUCGCAGUGGUGGUCGUACGCCGUCGCGAUCCGGUUCGAAUUCGCCUCGUCGCGAACAGUCAUCCGAUGGUGAAGGAAGCGGGAACAAAAGUGAAUAA